AUGUCUCCUGACACCACUGGAGUCCGUAACCAGUCUCAUUAUUUGUUCUCGGGACGACAGUCAUUUAGAGACUUAGAUCGUAGCCAUUGGCCAACAACCUUCUACGACACCGCCCCACCUUCACUGUUAAUCCGGUGGGUCUUGUGGUAUCAUGACUAUUACCCACUCAAGCGAUACUUCGCCAACGAAUUGGAGAGGGGAUGGAGUCGGAGGUGCUGGUCUGCGACCUUCAGACUUUCAAAACGGCGUAUCUCCCCUUCGCACCACAACAAUGCGACGUUUAAGCGUGCCUUGAACAUCUUGCAGCAGCCCGAGUCUUGA